UGUAAUAAUAAAUUCACAACAUUGAAACUUGAAAAUGACAAAGAGAUACAAAUGGCAGAUGGAUGUCGCCGAUUCAGAGGAAGAUUGGUUAAAGGCGAAAAAGGUUUUGGUAAAGUCAUUCCAAAAAUAUCCUCUGUAUGCUCAUUUGGAACCGAACGAGGGGAAAAGACCAGAAUUCAUGCGACGGUAUUUGGAAGCAAAUUAUGACGUAGCAGUCCGUCACGGGAAGGGAAUCCUGAUGGUUCUAAGAUGUCAAGAUACUGAAAUCAAAACUCAAGAAGGACGAAAGGAGGCGCUGGAUAUCAGAGGUGCGUUAUUAUUUGUUCCCCCGGCAGAUGAUGGGAUAGCUUGGGCACUGCAGGACGACAACUUGUAUUGGGAAGCUUACAAAAAGUAUAAGCUGGCGGAAGUUAGUCAGGAUUGUUUGCAACGCGUAAUAGAGUACGAAUUGUGGGAACAAGAGACCGUCACAAAAUUACUACGAAAGGCUCGUGCUCCUAUGUGGAAUGGUUUAUUUUGUGCAAUCGAUCCCGAUCUGUGCUUGCAUGGACUAGGUAGUGUAGUUUUUCGAAAAACUGUCGAAAUCAUGCUUCGAUAUCAAACGGCAAACGACCAGCACCAGAAGGAAAUUUUAAUUGAAAUGUCAAAGCUACAAAAUGGCGAAGCUUGCAAUGGCCAAGAUUCACUUGUUGAUAUUCACCGGGAUGUCGAAGAAAAUCACCCGCAGUCAAAUGAUGUUGGAAUUUUAACGCGUUUGUGGAAUAUUUUUUCCAACCAUUCACAUGAAGAUAAUGAUUCAUCAAAUAUAAAACCGACAUGCUCUAAAGAGUCGAAACAAACUCCACAAAUAGAGAAUUCUCAUCGUGAAUAUUGGAUGAAGUUUCUUCAUGGACUUGCGCUACUACAUCAUAUGCCAGUUCCAAGCCCUACAACAUUACCAAAGCACGAAUCGAAUGGAAAAUGUAGCGAUACACCUAAUAAAAAACAAUUUCGCAGAAAAGUAAGUAAUCGGAAAAAAGAUAUAAAAGAUGAGGACGUUCUGUCACCCGAAAAUCAAGCGAUAUCCGGCCCUUUAUCAAAUAAAGCAGAUUUCGAUGCUCAAGCAAACAGAAAUAAUUGCCCAGUGAUAGCUGCAAUCAGCCACAGUUCGGUAACUUCACAUUUUUAUGCCAAAAAUGGAUUUCAUCACGUGACAGAAAUCCCAUAUCAACCAGAGAGUUCCAGAGACGAUCCUGUUCCUUUCAAUGCACACGUACUCUUGAUGGACCCAUUAAAAACGGGCAAAAUCGAAAUAAUAUCGAGUGUUUUUCGCGAAGGUGAAACUGUUGCAUUAUCGAAUACUCAGAAUCCCCCAUCUGCUUCGAUGUGCUCAAGCGAUGAGGUAGUGAAAAAGGCAAUUUCGCCAUAAUACCUUGUUAUUCUGUUUGAUUUUAACAUUUAGACCUGUUUUAGCCGCGAGAGAAUUAUUAUAUAUAUUUCAAUUGCGAAUUAUUGUAGUAUGUGAAACGUAAUUGGUAUACUCCAUUUUACGAACGGUUGCUGCCAAAUUCAUAUUUUUUUUACAUAUAAUGAUGAUUAUUUGUUUUCAUUGGCUUUGCAUUUUAACUCGGUAUCAGGAAAUGUGUAAAAUAUUGCCAAGUUUUAUUCACAAUAUGUGUAAGUUCAAAUUGUUUAUGUUAAUAUUCUUUUAAAUGCAGCUUUUUAUUUUUCAUGGGUCUCUUACAAUUAAUUCUGAUUAUAUUAUGUUCUCAGUAUAUAAAGUAUUCAAGCAUUGAUUAAGAGUAAACAGCCUGCUGCAAUAAUGUUGCGACCGCUAACGCGACGAAGGCUGUUUUACUUUUUACGUAACGAGGUUUUAAUAAAAUCAAUUUAUUUAGUAUAAUGAGCAAUUAAAAUAAUAUUCUGUAUGAUAGGAAGGUAUGGAAGACAGAAAUGUACAAUUCUUAGAAAGGGGUCUGCUUCGAAUACAAAUAAAAAACACG